CUCUAUAUAUGUGGCAAACAAAGACAGCCUCUGCGCACACUAAUCUCAUCUCUCGUCAUAACCUCAAGCUCUCCCUGUCCCUGGCCUUCACCCACCACACUCUCAUUUUCCACCAAACCCCAACAAUCAUGUCCACGAACAUUGCUCUUACCCUGCCCCAUCCUGCACGGAGACUCUUCCCCCGGCCCAACGCCGGGGCCGGGCCUUCCUCCCCCGCCCGGCAGAGGCAGCCGGUCUUACCACUGCUUUACCCAUUUAACCCGAAGAACAAGAACAGUAGGAAAAACCAUAGAGCUAUUGUGUCCCAGGCCGCCGGCAAUACUAGUAGUAAUAUAAGUGGGGCUGUUGCUAGCUCCGCCGCGGAGCAGACUAGUACAUCUGUGAAGGCGGUGGUGACGGUGAAGGUCACCGCCGGCGGGUUCUUGUCCAGCCUUGAUCUCUCCAAAGGGCUCGACGAUAUUUCUGAUCUGCUCGGGAAAACACUCAUCUUGGAGCUCGUUAGCUCUGAGCUUGAUCCCAAGACGGGGAAGGAGAAGAAGACGAUAAGGAACUACGCGCACAGGGUGAGGCAGGACAAGGACGAGGUGAGGUACGAGUCGGAGAUGGAGGUUCCCGGCGACUUCGGGGAGGUGGGGGCGGUUCUGGUGGAGAACGAACACCAUAAGGAGAUGUACCUCAAGUCCAUCUCCCUCGACGGCUUCCUCACUGGCCCCCUCUUCUUCACCUGCAACUCCUGGGUCCACUCCAAAUUUGACAAUCCUCAAAAAAGAAUUUUCUUCUCCAACAAGUCAUUCUUGCCAUCCCAGACACCAAACGGACUGAGGCGCAUGAGAGAGAAAGAACUCGCGAUCUUACGAGGCAACGGAGAAGGAGAGCGCAAGACGUUCGAGAGGAUCUACGAUUAUGACACGUACAAUGACAUCGGGGAUCCUGACAGUAGUGCUGAUUAUACCCGACCAGUGUUAGGUGGUAAGAAGCACCCAUACCCAAGGCGUUGCAGAACGGGUCGCCCACCGAGUAAGAAUGAUCCACUGUCGGAGUCAAGGAGUAGCUCCGUUUAUGUGCCAAGGGAUGAAUGCUUCUCAGAGGUGAAGGAGCUAACGUUCUCAGUAAAGACAGUAUCUUCAGUAUUGCAUGCAUUGCUACCAUCUCUGGAGACAGCACUUGUGGACAGUAACCUUGGAUUUCCAUACUUCACGGCCAUAGAUUCACUGUUCAAUGAAGGUAUCAAUGUGCCCAAGCUCAAGAAGCAAGGUUUCUUCAAAACUCUCUUGCCUAGGCUAGUGAAGGCCAUCUCUGAUGCUGAAGACAAUGUCUUGCGCUUUGAGACCCCCGAGUUGUAUGAGAGGGACAAGUUUGCUUGGUUUAGGGAUGAAGAAUUCUCUCGCCAGACUCUCGCUGGUCUCAACCCCUAUAGCAUUCAGUUGGUCACGGAAUGGCCAUUGAAGAGCAAACUUGACCCCAAUAUCUAUGGCUCGCCUGAAUCAGCAAUCACAACAGAGAUGGUCGAGCAACAAAUAAGAGGUUUCAUGACUAUUGACGAGGCCAUAAAAAAUAAGAAGCUGUUCAUAUUGGACUACCAUGAUGCAUUCUUACCAUAUGUGAACAAAGUGCGACAGCUCAAAGGAACAACGUUAUACGCGUCACGGACGCUGUUCUUCCUAACCCCUGAUAGCACGCUAAAGGUACUUGCCAUUGAGCUGACUCGACCGCCUUCAGAGGCAAAGCCACAGUGGAAGCAAGUGUUCACGCCCACCUGGGAUGCCACUUCUUGCUGGCUUUGGAGGCUUGCUAAGGCUCAUGUCGUUGCUCACGACUCUGGCUAUCACCAGCUUGUCAGUCACUGGCUAAGAACUCAUUGUUGCACCGAACCUUAUAUAAUUGCAACAAAUCGGCAACUCAGUGCGAUGCAUCCAAUCUAUAGGCUGCUACACCCAUACUUCAGGUAUACUAUGGAAAUCAAUGCUCUUGCUCGUGAAGCCCUUAUUAAUGCAGGGGGAAUCAUUGAAGGCGCAUUCUCACCUGGCAAGUAUUCCAUGGAGCUCAGUUCUGCCAUUUAUGACCUGCAGUGGCAGUUUGACAAGCAGGCAUUGCCAGCGGACCUAAUCAACAGGGGACUGGCUGUUGAGGAUCCAAGUGCUCCACAUGGUCUGAAGCUUACGAUCGAAGACAACCCAUUUGCUAAUGAUGGUCUCCUGCUUUGGGAGGCCAUUAAACAAUGGGUGACUGACUAUGUCAACCAAUACUACCCGGAUCCCAGCCUAGUUGAGUCAGACCCAGAGCUUCAAUCAUGGUGGACAGAAAUCCGAACAAAAGGCCAUGCAGAUAAGAAGGAUGAACCAUGGUGGCCGGUUCUCAAAACCCCGAAAGACCUUAUUGAUAUUCUCACAAUUAUAAUAUGGGUAACCUCUGGUCACCACGCCGCUGUGAACUUUGGGCAGUACCAUUAUGCAGGUUAUUUUCCAAACAGGCCUACAAUAGCGAGAACCAACAUGCCCACCGAAGACCCAACUGACGAAGGCCGGAAGUUCUUCUUGGACAAGCCUGAGAUUGCACUUUUGAUGUGCUUCCCUUCGCAGAUUCAGGCAACAAAAGUUAUGGCUGUUUUGGAUGUGUUAUCAAAUCAUUCUCCUGAUGAGGAGUACAUAGGGGAGAAGCCCGAGCCCUCGUGGGCUGAAGACCCUAUUGUAAAUGCUGCCUUCGAAAGGUUUACAGGGCGGUUGAAGGAGUUUGAAGGGAUCAUUGAUGAUAGGAAUGCAGACUGCAAUUUGAAGAACAGAAAUGGGGCUGGUGUUGUGCCUUACGAGCUUUUGAAGCCAUUCUCGAAACCUGGGGUGACAGGAAGUGGAGUUCCAAACAGCAUCUCCAUCUGAAAUUGAGAUGCAUUGAAACCUAGGGGGUUUAAGUUUUGAACUUGUUGAUGAGAGCAGAGAUGUAAUGCUUGUUGAAUAAAUUAAUAGCAGCAAAUGUGUUUUAUUUUCUCCUAA